GAAUUCAACCUGCUGCAAUUGAGAAACAUUGGACGUCUAGUUUACCGUGACUGCAUCCAUUCAUACUCGCCGUCGUAGCGUAUGCUCUGCUAGAUAGCGUCGCCGUUUCGUGCACUCGGAUCAGAGGGUUAGAGGGCUUGAGGGAAACAGUCAUUUGCUGCCAUGGAACAUUCCUCGCCUUUGGCUGCCAUGCAGCCUCCGUCUGUAAUGCUGGGGCAUUGUUUCCGUUCAGAUGCACCGACGUCUUAUCAUGGAUUUAGUCCUCUACCAGGGCUAGGCCCCGGCGGGUUUAACUUCAAGGACUUGUCCAUGAAGAGGUCUAACGGAGACUACUUCGGUACGAAGGUCGUCCGGGGCUCAUCUCCAACAGCGAGCCUUGCUGCAGAUCUGUCUCAGAAUUUUCACAUUGAUCAGAGCCCCCAGGUUGCUACGCCACGACGGUCUUUGUUCUCUGCUUGCCUACUGGGAAAUGGAAACAGACGUGGGGUCGAUGAUGCGAUGACCACUCCGCCCCUUCCAUCCUCAUCACCUGCACCCGCGAUGGAUAUCAUGGACAUGUCCCCACUGCCUCACAAACCUCCAUUUAUCAGUACGCCUGAAAUCGAGCUGGACUCGCCAACUCUGGAGAGCUCCCCAAUGGACACGACUAUGAUGUCAACUGAUGGCCUUGUUCCGGAUUCACCAACGGUUCUACCGAAGGAUGGUAAACAAGAGAGAAGACGUCCGACUUUUCUGCGGCCUAGCUUGGCGAGAAGCAAAGCGCAGUCCUUCCAGGUCGGAAUGACCAGACCUGCCCCGGAAAGCCAAGGACCGCCCUUCAAGUUUCAGACCAAUGGAAUCAACAAGACAUCAUCAGGCGUAGCUGCAUCAUUGGAGGACAUGUUUGGCGAAUCCCCACAGCGUGAACGGCCCAUGAUGCGCAUCAAUUCAACCAGUGGCCUCAACUCGCGUUUAAGACCACCAUUAGGAAGCGGGAGCCAUGUCCGUGGCAAUGGUUCACCAUCGGCGGCUUCAGUUCGGAAAAGUGCGCACCCGAAUAUGCGGCCCCGCAAGCAAUGCAGAAGAUCAUUGAGUAUGUACGAACAUCCCGAGGAUGUAAUUGCCGACAGCGAGGUUUCUUAUACAUCAAAUGCACCACUCCAGUCCAUUAGCGACUUCGAAGAAACACAGGCUCUGCAGCUACCUCACUUCAUUCCCGAGGAGCAAGCAGACAAUUUACCUCGCAUCGACAAGGCCACCCUCGUGGAUAUCAAAGAGGGAAAAUAUGAUAAUAUGUUUGACAAUAUCAUGAUCAUUGAUUGCCGGUUUGAAUAUGAAUACGAUGGCGGGCACAUCGUCGGAGCUGUCAAUUACAAUGACAAGGAGAAUCUGGCCGCCGAACUUUUUGCGGACCCGAAGCCACGGACUGCUAUAGUCUUCCACUGCGAGUAUUCGGUACACAGGGCUCCUCUUAUGGCCAAGUAUAUCCGGCAUCGGGAUCGUGCUUAUAAUGUGGAUCAUUACCCCCAACUAUCUUAUCCUGAUAUGUACAUUCUAGAAGGGGGCUACAGUGGUUUCUUUGCUGAGCAUCGAUCGCUGUGCUACCCUCAAAACUACGUCGAAAUGUCCGCUAAGGAGCACGAGUUUGCUUGCGAGCGUGGACUUGGAAAGGUCAAGCAGCGGUCCAAAUUGAGCAGGGCCCAGACUUUUGCCUUUGGCCAACAGUCCCCGGAAAUGGAGGAUAGUCCUACCGGGAGGUGUAGGAACAACCCCGGUGAUCGCAAACUUCUCGCUUCUCCGUUCAAUGACAGUCCUGGCAGCCGCUUUCCUGGCCGUCGCAUGCUUUCAUACUAAUUUCAGUAUGGAAAUUCAACAAAGCAUCUUCAUUUGCGGUUCCUCCACCCAUGCCCUCUGCAUGGUUUAGCGACCUAUGAUUCUUGGAUAAUCCAUUGGUCGAACGACUCUUAUGAUAUCGGUGUUUAGGGUUCUUAUUUACAUUUCGAGAACAUUGCAAGACUCAUUUAGCAGACACCCAACUUGAGGAAUCCUCGCCUCGCGUACAACAGUCCAAGUUCACCCUCACUCGCUUUCAGAUUUUCUACCUAUCUUCCCUACGAUAUUUACCCAUACCUUAUUCACCACCACAUUAAAACAUCCCAUAUCGCGUCAGUCUCACCACAAGAAGCUCUUCAGCACAUUUGUCCCUACUGUUUCCUUCGACCGAUCCCUUCCUUUCCUAUGUCUCCUACGAAUCUCCACGGAUCUUACUAUGCUUGGACACCACACCUCGUCGAGUUACAUUUCUAUGAUACCUCACCGCAAGAAUUUGGCUUCUCGAAAACUUAUCCUUCAGCCCUAUCGUCUUUUAAUCUGCCGCCCCGUUUUCCUGUACAAUGCGAGGGAACCCAACUCAAUCAGCCAAUCACAGUACAUACUCAUGAAUGGGUCGUCUACGAGACCCUAAUCAUUGUGCGCAGCAGUUCUGGACCUAAUAUUGGCCUAUCUUACGGGGACCGCGGAUCCUCGUGACGUUUGGAAUGCCGAACACUGUACAUAUAUGAAAACACCCACUGCAGUUGCUGAUCUGGUUGGAAGAGCAGAAACAUAAACACAUUAGUUUCCUUUGUUAGAGAAUGGAAUAAUUCC